AUGCCUUUUGGCUGCCGCGUCGACGUGGGGUGUACAGACACCCUGGGUUUCCUCCAUGUCAGGGACAUGCAUUACCUCCCAAGGGCCCUCAAAGCUGGUGCUUCCUUCCUCAACUCCUUGGGGGCCACAGGGGCCCCUGGGGAUCCACAAGGGGCCCCAGCAGGGGCCGCAGCAGGGGCCCCAGCGGGGGCCCCCGAGGACCCUGCAGGGGCUCUAGGAGAAGCCCCAGAGGCCCCGGCAGGGGCCCCAAAAACCCUGACAGGGGCCCCAGAGGCCCUUUCGGGGUCCCCGGGGGCCCCCUUGGGGGCCCCGGGGGCCCCCUCGGGGGCCCCGGGGGCCCCCAGCGUGGAGGGUACGACGGAGGGGUGGAUAAAGCACGCGGGAGAUGUGCUGCGGGUGGGAGACGCGCUGUGUGUGCACAUAAAGAGUAUAGACAGAGAGGGGCGGCGCAUGCGGCUGACUACAGUGCCUUCGCCAGCCACUGCCAAAGGGCACUCCCCGCGAAAACCCGUGGAGGCCUUCUGGGUGGGACAGGAAGUGGAGGGCAUAGUGCUGAGGUGUACAGAGUUUGGACUUUUUCUGGACAUUGGGGCUGUCGAAGACGCCUUUCUGCAUGCAAACGAAGUUGGAAGAGAAAACAUCUGCGACGACGUGCAGGAGCUGUUCCGGCGCUUCAAGAAGAGCCGGGGGGCCCGGGGCCGGCGCUGCCCCCCUGCGGACCCUCUGGGGCCCCAGGGGCCCCCCGACGGGGGCCCCGCGGAGGCCCUGGGCUGCCGCACGGGGGACACUUUGAGGGGCCUCCGGGUCUUAGAGAUAGACGCCAGCCGCAGCAGGAUUCAGCUGACGACGCGCUGCGAAGCAGAAGUGCAGCGGCUGCAGCAGUGGAAGCAGCAAAUGCUGCAGAUGCAGGUGGGGGUCCCCCCGAGGGAAUCACCAGAGGAGAAGUUUGCGCGGAUUGGGGCUGCGCUGAAGCUGCUGGAGCGGCACCGAAAGAAGCAGCAGAAGCAGCAGCAGGGGGCCCCUGGGGCCCCCGGGGGGCCCCCUGCUGCUGGUGUUGUUGUGACCCCGCCCCAGAGGCACAGCGGGCAGGGGGCCCCCACGGAGAAGCAGCUGCAGGUCCUUUUCCCGGGCUAUACUGCAGCAGAUGUUGAGGAGGCCCUUUCUUUGCUGGAGGCGGAGAAGAGGCGAAAGGAGCUGCUGCUGCUGCAGGAACAGGAGCGAAGGGCCCGCAAGCGGCAUCCCAGGUUCCAGCGCCGCAGCGCAGACGACCUCAGCCUGCAGGAGGCGCGGCAACUGCUAAAGGAAGAGUCGGGGCUGGUGACUCCCGAGAUGUUGCAGCAAGAUGCUCGGCAGCAAGCUCUCCGGGCCGGAUUAGCAGCAGCAGAAGUUCCGGUCUUCGGGCCUGACGGGCUGCCCAAGAUGCAGCAAGUGCCUCUUAAGAACUUGCUUCCCAGCCCGCACAAAAAGCAGCCUGCUGCUGCUGCUCGCACGCUUGCUGCUGCUGCUGCUGCAGCGGGGGAACCUGCUGCGGCAGCGGCGGAGGCGGCGGCGGCGCCAGGAACCCCUGCUGCAGCGCAGGCAGCUGCCCCACAGGCGCCCGCUGCAGCAGCAGCAGCAGCAGCAGCAGCAGGUGCAGCAGCAGCGCAGGCCCCUGAAGCAGCAGCUUCAAAUCCCUCAGACUCGGAUAACCUCGAGAAGCAGCAAAGCCUCGAGGAGGAGCUGGAGGUCCCUGCAGAGUUCCUGCAGCGGGAGCUGAGGGCAUACGGGGGGCCCCAGGAGCCCGGGGCCCUAGGGGCCCCCCAGGCCCAGGGCCCUGGGGGGCCCCCAGGGGCCCCCCGGGCCCCCCUGGGGGCUGCAGAGCCCCCUGGCGACCAGGGGGGGGAUUUAAGUGCUGCUGAAGUUGACUCUUUUUUCGCUAAGUCGGAGGCCCAACUGCUCAAGUCCCUCAAAAAGGGAAGACGCAGAAGAGUAGACAGCGCCACAGCAGCAGCAGAACAGGAAGAAGUCCGGGAGCUCAUUCAGAUGGAACGCAGGGCGGCCCAGCGGGCCCUCGCAGGGGGCCCCAAGGGGGCCCCCACAGGGGCCCCCAGGGGGGCCCCCAGGCGGGCCCGCAGGGAAGGGCCCCCUGCUGCUGCCAUGGAAAAAGGAGAGACUCUGGGGGAGAUUUCCGAGUCAGAGGUUCUUGAGACAAUCAAAGAGAGGCUGGAGGAAGAGCCCGAGCUGAGCCGGGAGCUGGAGCUGCGGGGAAAAACCCCAGAGGGUUUAGCAGCAGAAAUUCAAAAGAUCUUGACAGAGGUCACAGGUGGGGCCCCCAGCAGCAGCAAAUGCCAGCAGCCUCGCAGGCAACAGCAGCAGCAGCUAG